ACGAACUAUUUAUAUUCCGGUAAUUCCACUUCCGUUUUGGCUCUGUGUUUGAAAAUGUGAUAGAUAAAAUGUUCAGAAAUCAAUGCAGUGUAACUUGACAGUAUGCCCACAAUUCGCUAGGAGAAUAUUUUAUACAUUCAGGUUACCUGUGGCAUGGAAUUUGGUUUGAAAGUGAAGUGAAAGGGAAAAUGAUAAUUUAAAAAUCAGUGCAAAAAGGCUCUUUUCUAUUUCAAGAAUAUUUUUGCUAUUUUUUUGGCCUAUCUUCGUUUCCACAAUGACUUCAGUUCUGCAGGAAUUUAAACAUCCUAAACCUACAUUGACAAUAAAAACAGUUGCAGAUUAUUAUAAAACUGAUUGGACUAAUUAUGAAAUGAAACAUCCCCAUCCACGUGGGAAAUUCAAACCCGUCCUACAACCAUUUAUAACUGGUACCAAAAUCAACACAAGAAAUUUAGAGGCUUAUAGAACCAGAGGAGAUGAACUUGAAAGAUUGGACAUACGAAAAGAUAAUUAUGAACGACGACAAAUGCAAAUGGAGUGUCAUGGCUUCAACGCCAGAAAGGAAAAGCCCUAUAAAGGGAUUGGAGAUCCAUUUUAUUUAGACGAGGAUAAACUAAUUCUACAUGCAUUAGGACAACUAAGUGAGAGAGAAGAAGAGAAGGUCAAGAGCUCAAGUUCAGAUGAAGAUGAUAUAAAAAUUAGCAGUAAAUUAAAGGAACCUAUAGGUUCUAGUUCAUCCACACAACAGUUCAGAUUAAAAAGAACGAGAAAAGAUUUACACACAAUUCACAAAGAAGUCAAUCAUAACAGGCAUGUCAUCAGGAAUGUCAGACUUGGUCAUGGAUUAUUUGAUAUUAUUAAACAAGAACAAACAUCUAAGGAAGCUGCCAUUGAAGAAGCUGAACGUCUAAAAUUAGAAAGACGGAAAACCGAGUGGCAACCUCCAAAACAGGAGAGUUCCAGUGAUGAAGAAACAGAUGAUGAAUUAAUAGACGAGGUUGAACUAUCAAAUUUUAUGAAUGGAGAUGGUAAGGAUACAGAUGAGGACAUUGAUGACGACGCAGCCUCAGAUGCCGAAUCACCUGAACCAAGAGACAAAAUUGUUUCUUCUUCUGUCAGUUUUAGGGAAGAUGUCACUUCAUCACCUUUUAACAAAGCCAUCAUCCCGAUGUCACGACCAGCUACAUCUGCCAGCACGAAGAAAAAGAAACAGAAAAUACCAAGACCUUAUACCCCACAUUUUGUCAAUAUCAUGGAGGAAGUCAAAGAAAAGACUGGUCCCAGUGAUGCUUUAUUUAGACAGCUUUGUGCUUUACAUUGGAUACUAGAAGCCAUGAGAAAUUGUGAUGAUUCAGGAAUAAAAAUGACACCUAUUAUGUCUUGCUGGAAAUUAAUUAAUAUAGGAGGUGUUCCUACAUUGGAGGAUGUUGCCAUUAGAGACAAAGAAAUAGAUAAAGACUGGAAAAAAUUCAGAGAUCAAGAAGGACAUGGUACACACAGGGAUAGAUUCAACAGUCGAUUAUACAUGACGAGAAGGGGAACCACCACAGCUAAGAAACCAGCCACAUGGAGAACGUCUCUUGCUGGGUCUGCUAUGGGUUUAUCUGGUACCAUGAGGUCCAGUGCUGAUGAAGAUGACAACCAUGGUGAUGAUGAUUACAAGGAUGAUGAUAGUCCAAGUAAAAUUGCAAUAAAAAAUGCAUUUUCCAAAGUUUUUGUUUUGGGAAGUAUAGCAAGCUUACGGAGAGUACACUAUGGGACUUCUAGAAUGUCUGUAGAUAUUGAAGGUUCUAAAGCAGGCAGUGAAGGUGCUACAAAGACAGAUGACUCCAUUGAUAAAGAUGAAAGUGCUGCCAUAGAAAAAUGGACUAAUAAAGUUAAUGAAGAAAAAAAUAAGUUAGCCAAAACAGCUUCAGAAUUAAAGCGGAGUACAAAAGUUGCCAAAAUAGAACAACUCGUUCGACAAUCAUUGAAUCAAACCGACAAAAUGCCUGGAAGACAGGAUAGGGCAGAUGUACAUUUCAUACGACCAAAAAGUUCACCUGCACUGAUGCAUUUCAAAAAUACAAGGUCUAGUCUAAAACAUGGUAAUAUGGCUAAUAAAAUCAAUACAGAAUUUCGAAGAUUACAAGAGGAAAAGGCGCUACUUCUACAUGAGGAAUUGGAACAUAGAGAAAAACAAAGAAUGAUGAUAUGCCAAAAUAAAUUUAUAGCUAUCAACAGUCAGAGAACAACUAGCUUCCAUAAAGCCUUACGUCAAAUGAGAGAGAGAAGUGAUAAAUUAUUCAUCAGACCGACAGAUGAACAGUUGAAGAAAAAACAAAUGGAAGAACAGGGAAAUUGGUUAACAGAUUUACUGAGGAAUGUACCUGAAGAUUUACAGAACAAGUGGCAUUAUAAACAUAUUAUAGACAAAUUCAAGUCUAAGUUUGGAUCUACACGACGUAGUUCACAACGUAGACCAACGGUUGUACAGAUUGAAGGCUUUGGUCAACAGCACAGUAAAAUUAAAUUCCUGAAAGUUUUAGAACGUCUCCGUGAAUGGGAGAUUUGCAGCCCAGAUAUCAGUGCCGCCAUAGAAUUUUGCAGAGAAAAAAUCGUAAAAAUGUCUAUUGAACAAUUUGAAGAAUGGUUUCAGGGUCAGUUCCCUAAGGUUAUACGACCACAGACAGCGCCACCUGUCAAAAAGGAUGAUGAGAAAGAUGAUAUUUCAUCGAAAAAACAGACUCCUACAUCAAUGGCAGUCCCACGACGUAGUGCUAGUGCUUAUAAGAAAUUAAUCCGACCCAUGACAACUGGUUGAAAUAAUUAUGCUGCUUCUGUUGUUUUAAUUUUUUGCAUUGUAAGCUAAUUUUCGAAAUAGAUGGGAUUGAUUUUUUUAUUGAAAAGUUAAGAAUUGUAAAAAUAUUACAGUAUGUGAUCUUUUAUAUACGAUGCCAUUGUUUUCUAUUCGACUGGUAAUAAUACUGUUCGAAUUUGGCUCUAUGUCCAGAACCACUCAUGCGAUCAGACACCUUUUACAAUGGUCUGAUUCCUCAGCUAAAGGGACAGUCUUACAAUAGAUGGACUAGUGUUAUCAAACCAAAGGCCACUCCAAUUUAAAGACUGAAGGCUUUGUCUAAAGCCUUAUGAGAUUUUGGUCGGCUUGACUCCAAUCACUUACAGAAACCAACCCUAUUCACAUAUUUUGAACUAGGUUGGCUUUAAAAAAUCAAGUGACAUUAAUUAUGAGCCUAUUUAUCAGAAUUUACAUGAAAAAUUGGGUGCUUUAUUUUAAUAUUUAAUUCCGGGUAUAUAACUAGUACAUACAUUUCUCAUUUAGUGUGACCCCUCAUUCCUCCACUCCAAUCCCCAAAAUAGCGAAAUCAAAAUCUAAACUUUUUUGCCAAAAUGUUAAUACAGUAUUCACAUGAAUCAAUACACCAAAGUUUCAUAAGUUGUAGUUUAACUGCAUUAACUCAUUUAAAUCUUAUCGAAUGAAAAUAUUUUUCAAACAAUGGGUUUUUUUUCACAGA